AUGCCGGAUUACACCACCCAAUACCGCUGUAUUGGAAAGGGCUUUUGUGGUAGUGUCUGGUCUCUCGAAGGCCACCAAGACCAAACCACAGCCAUCAAACGCGAAGACGGCGGGCCUGGGCGAUCAGUCACCAAUGACUGCGAUAUGCACAUGCGGGUUCUUCUGAGCGCACAUCGACACCCUCCCUCGACGCCUCUGUCGAUACCCCAAUGUCAUGAGCUGAUCCAGCCAACUGACGCCUGGUGGCAGCCGCGCCUCCAUCAAUUUCCCGCUGGCUACAUUGCAUGCCGAGCCCUGAUUUCGGAGCGCAUCCCGAAAGUACCAAGGCCGAUCAGCGACAAGAUCGUGGAUCUCUUCUGCGCUGGCAACACUACGCUCGCUGAUUUUGUGAAGGAGAACCCCGACGACGACGCUUGCCUGAUCCGACCAUAUCUUGGACGACGUCGUCGCCAUAAACAACAGUCACCAAGCGCCUCACGUUUUCAGCGCUUCAGUCUGCGUAAUGUCCCCCUUCAUCUUGACCAGAUGGAGGCACUCGGUCUGGAUACGACACUAUACGCGGAGACUAUGGCAGACGCUCUCGCAAUGAUGCACUGGGGUGCACACAUUGAUGCAAACGACGUCGAGUUUGUGCUAGCACCUCCGCGGACAGUCGACUCUUCAUCGGUCUUGCAGUCAGAAUACUUGGGCGUCCACUGCAUGUGGAUCCUCGACUUUGACUGCUGCCGACAACUUUCCAUGGAUGAAGCAGGCAUCGAGCAAGCCUGCAUGGCGUUUUUCAGAAACGACCCUUUCUUUCCGAAACCUGAAACUGGAGGCGCUGCCGAUGAGGACCUCUGGCAGGUUUUCAAGAAGAAUUUUUUGAUGGCCAGUCGGAGAAUCAUGGAAGAGGCGAGUGAGGAUGAGCGGAAUCUCGCGGUGAAGUUGAUGGAGAGAAUUGAAGACGAGGGCCACUUGGGAAGGAGGAGUUAG